UUCCAACGCAGAGUCAGCGGAGGGAAGCAGAACUGCUGCUCUUUCUCCUCAGAGGCCUCCCAAGAUGACUGGUGGUAGUCCCCCUGGGAGAGGGCCCUUCUGUGGCAUGGCUCCUAUGGCCUUUCUUCUGGUUCUUUGUCUCCAUCUGCAAGGCUCAGCCUCCAGAUGCAUUGACCAGUCGUUUGGGCAAGACCUGCAGCCUCUGCCUCCUGGGGUGAAAAGCGACUCUUUGCUCAGUGGGCUGCUCCAACCUGAUGUCUCGCCACCCAGGCCAGGAACGGAUGGCAUUGAUGGGGGAGAUUCCCGCAUAGUGGGCGGCAGUCCCGCAACCUCGGGAGGGCUGGGAGGCAGACCUUCUACAUUUCGCCCCAGUUUCCAGGGGGAUAGCCCAUUCCAAUAUGGCAAGCCAGGCAGACCUGAGCAGUUUGGCAGUCCAGAGGGGCCUAUAUUUGGGGGUAUCCCUGCUCAAUUUGGAGGCCCAAGCGAACCUGGCCCUGUGAGGGUUGGCAGGCCAGUUAGUCCUGUCCAGUAUGAGGGUGGUGCUGCUGGACAAUAUGGGGGCAUCUCUUAUGAUGGGUCAAACUCUGGCUACAGAAUUGGCUAUAACACCCGUCAGGGUUUCCCACGCCCAGUGUGGAAGAAUCCUGGGAUCCCCUACAUACCAACUGCUCAGGAGCGGGGUGGACCCUACUACCCACUGUCAAAGGAGCCAUCUCGGCAAUUUUAUCCUAAUGCACCAUACGUAGUUCCAUAUGGUGGUGGAACAGAUGCCUACAGCUCAACGACCUAUGGUGGUGGGUCCACAGCAUUGGGGCCGCAGGGCAGAUACGAUGGCAGUUAUGGCCCCAUCCCUGAAGGCUUGCAGCCUGUUGGACAAAGUGGGAGAGACAGUGCUGUUCAAGGACCCCCUUGCAUACCAGCCUGUUAAGGGCAGCAGCCUGGUUUAGAUCCUGAGAACAUGAGAUGGGGUGGAUGGAAUCUCGGUGUUCUAUUGCCAUCUCUCCAAGCAGAUAAAAGCAACUCAAUUCUUCUGGGAGGGUUAUGUGAUCUCAUGCAGUGUUUUCUCAAAUUUUAGAAUCACCUCCCCCUCCACUUUUAAAACGCCACAAAUUAGAACAGUUUCAAAACUUGCAGUUAUGAUUCCUGACCAAGAGUGUGAAGUGUUCACCUAACAAAAAUGCACCACGCUGUCAUAAGACUACAGUACCCAGGAUCCUUGGGGGGGGGGGAGAUCCGUGGCAAUCCAGCUUCAAAUUUGUAGUGUCACUCUGUCCUAAUCAGUACCCCUCACCCAAAAUUCAUUGAAUAUACCUACCUGGAUCUAUAAUGCCUAUGAAAUUUCUUCCCUACCUACCCAGUUCAUGUUUCAUCACUGCAAUGCUCCCCAUCUAGCCCCUAACACCCAGCCCAUGAAUUUCAACACUCUUUCUCCUUGAUAACUAGGUCCACAACUGUCAUGAACAAGUUGCUGCCUCAUGUGAUUGAGAACCAAUUUACAUGGCCCAGUCAAACAUGCUGUGGCUUUGGAACAUGGUGAAGGUGGCCAGAUUGGACCAGGUCUGCAUAGUGUAAAAUCUAACAAGCCGAAUGCAGUCCUGCAGCCAUGAGGAGAGUUAAACCUGCUUAAGAUGGUAAAAACAAAGGGACUGUUGAUGGCCCUGCAGGCAGUGGGAAAAAGGAGGAGAUGCAUGGGAUUAAGUGGGAAAUGGGAGGGCACAGAUCUAGAGAUUUGUGAGAUCUACUGCAAAAGAUACAGAAUGCUUUUCCAGGUCUCUGUGACUAGGACUUUACUUCUCUCAUACGCUUGUGUGGCAAGGGUUGGGAGCGGUCCUGAAGCACAACUCCUGACAAUAUGGCAACCCUACUACCGCCUCCACUUUUGGGCACUCCGUUAUAAUUUUAUUUACAAACAAUUAUAUACUGCUUGAUUGUAGAAAACCUCCAUGCUGUUUUUUUUAAAAAUCCCAUUAAAUUAUCAAUACAACAGUUAAAAACAAGCCAUUAAAAACGCUGUGAGAACAAUUGGAACCUCAACAGACUAAAAAGAUUAGAACACACCAGCAUCUAUGUGUCCGGAUAGGCUUGCCUAAACAAAAAAGUUUUAAGCAGGUGCCAAAAAGAGUACAGCAAAGGAGCCUGCCUGAUGUCAAUAGACACGGAGUUCCAACUCCCCAAGCAGAGAACCACAUUCUCUAGAGACCUUUGGGACAGCUGCCCUAGCCACCGUCUCAGAAGAAUGGCUAUGUGAAUUCGCUCUAAAACAUUGCAUUCCUUUGUCUGUGUUGUCAAAAUUGUUUUAUAAUUGCUUGCGAUGCCAGCCUGAUUUGUUUUGUGUAUGUCUCUUUUUAAAUGUAUUUAACAACCUCUACCACCUCCCUCUGUUGCCCACAUCUCUCGUUGCUUGCUUUGUUGUGGUACCUUUCGUAUUCUUGUUGGGCCAAAAUGUAUUAAAAUACUAUGUAUUGUAA